AGCGGGGCCCAGCAAGCCAGCCGUCCCUUGGCGGCAACUUUGGGUCGCCCACCCAGUGCUCACCGCUCCACACACCACGGCCAUGAACAACCAGCAGUUCCGCCGACUGCUCGUCGACUCGCCCGAACAGCGCGGUGGCAAUGGCGACAGGAGCAGCAAGAGUCCGCCUGUACCCUCGCGCGGCGCCGUGCUGGGCGCGCGCAAAAGCGCCAGCAUCCCCAUGACCCCGCGCCAGGUAGGCCGUGGCUCGAUCCAGGCCGACUUUGCUCGCCAGCUCGCCGAGCGCAAUGCAAGGGCAAACCCUCCAAAGAAGAAGUUUAGAGCGCAUCGCCGACGAAGAUGACGAGGCGGCGCAGCGCAUCAAGAAUCUCGAGGAGGCGAUGAAGCUUGGGCAGAUCGACAGGGACAUGUUUGAGAAGCUGGUGCAAGAUAUCACAGGCGGCGACAUUGCGGCUACACAUCUGGUCAAGGGCCUGGACAGGAAACUGCUUGAGCGCGUGAGAAAGGGUGAGGAUGUGUUUGAACAGCCGGCGCCAGAAGAGGAGGUUCCUGAGCAGGCAGCUGACGUGGAAGACGAGUUCGACGAAUUGGCCGAGCGCGAUAUCGGUUCUAUUGUGAGGGAGAAGGGCGAGAAGAAGGGUGAGGUGGCGCCACCGAAGCCGGUAGCUGGUGUCAAGCGGACUAGGGCUGAUAUCCUGGCUGAACUGAGGCGGCAAAGGGAAGUGGCGGCCGCAGCAGCAGCAACCGAGUAUGAGAAGAGAUACCCAAGCCUUGGGAAAGGCUUUCGCAAGGUAAGCGAGCCAGGAGAAACAUCGAGGAUCGAGAUCGAUAAACAAGGGCGAGAGAUCCUCAUCAUCACCGAUGCCCAAGGAAAGGAGAAGCGUAAGGUUCGGAAACAGAAGGCGCAAGAACCGCUGCCCGAAGUACGCCACGAUCUAGACGACGAAAACAAGCCCAUCAACACACACCAUUUACCGCCUGCGAAGGAAGAACAGGAAGGCUCGGAAGAAGACGACAUCUUUGAAGGUGUCGGUUCCAACUACAACCCGCUAGCAGCCUUGGACAGCGAAGUCGACUCGUCAGAGGAAGAAGGAGAAGCACAAGACACUGCAGCGUUGUUCGAGAACGAAAAAACGAUACCUAAAGAGCAAGAUGCCAACGACGAUGACCCCGAUCGGCAUUCUACCAAGCCCUCUGUCUCAGCCUGCGACCCUGCCCCGAAGCGCAACUACUUUGCCUCGAGCAAAAUCCUUACAUCGAGCGAAUCUAUUCAACCUUCAGAAUCCUCCACAGCAGACGCCACCGUUCGGGCCGCGCUACAAAAAGUGCGCACCCUCGACCCCAACUCGAGUCUUAUCAACGACGCAGAUUCCGAGGAGUUUCGGCUCAAAGCGCGACUUGCCAAGCUUUCCGCGUCUGACCGCGACAUGGAGGACAUGGAUAUGGGUUUUGGUGCGUCACGAUUUGAUGAUGCUGAGGACAUGGAGCGAGAAGGUGAGAAGGUCAAGUUUUCCGAGUGGAAAGGCAUCGGAGGCGCAGAGGACGAGGAUGGUGAAGAUGGGCCUAGGAGCGGCAAGAAGCGGAAGAGGGGACCGAAGAAGAAGAAGGGGGACAAAAACAGUGCAACCGAUGUGCUCAUGGCAAUGGAGAAACAAAAGGAAAAGAAGACGUUGGGAUGAGGCACUGUGGAGGCACGUUUUGAAGCGAAUCUCGAGCCAAGACCAUAGCCAACAUUAUGCAUGUCAUGUCGUAGAGUGUAUCUGUUUCGUAACUUGAGAUGUUCGACUGACUGUCGUAUUGAUCU